AGCAGGUUUUUAGUCAUUUAAAAAAAAAAGAUAACCAGAUAACUAAUCCAUUUAUUAAGAAAACAAUUGUUAGGUUCUGGCGCUGAUACGUUUGUUUUGAAAAAUCUGUUACUUGCCUUUUUAAAGUAACUGCUUACAAAGUUACUCUUUCUUAAAAUUGAGUUGUUGAGUUAUGUUUUGUCGGUCACUGUUUGGAAAUUCAACGCUAUUCUUUCUUUGGUCUUCAAGGAUUUAAUCAGGCAAACAAAGAUAUGCAUAUGUGCGGAAUGCGGAGUGCCUUGGAGGUGUACAAGGAGAUGGUCCUGCUGUACGUGGAGGAGGGCCGGCGGCAGGUCAACUUGCACUGCGCGGACUUGGAGCCAUGGCAGAUCAUCGGCGCGACAGUCUUCGCCACGCUGGCAGUGGUCUGGAUUAAAGGCUUCCUCUUCCAGCAAGAAAGUCUCACAUCCCGAAUCAAGAAGUCAUGCUUUCGGCUCAUCAGGAAAAUACCCUUUGUUGGCGUGGCAAUUCAGAGCCAGCUCAACAAGGCUUUGGAUGACAUGUCUGCUAGUCUGUGUACCCUGAAGGAGGGGAUGAGCUACACUAAACAGCUGCCUUCUAAAGGUCUCUCUCAGAGCCAAGUGCUGGACAAAAUCAGAGAGUACGAGACUCUGAAUGACGUGAAGUGGGAGAAAGGAUGUGUUUCGGGUGCAGUGUACUGGGGUGAUGAGUCACUGACCAACCUCCUGGUGAAGGUUUAUGGAGACUUUGCAUGGAGCAACCCACUGCACCCAGACAUAUUUCCUGGCGUAAGAAAGAUGGAGGCAGAGGUUGUUAGAAUGGCUUGCACACUUUUCCAUGGUGGACCUAACUCCUGUGGCACAGUUACUUCUGGGGGAACUGAGAGCAUAUUGAUGGCCUGCAAGGCAUACAGAGACAUGGCGUAUGAACGUGGUGUUAAACACCCUGAAAUUCUUGCACCUGUGAGCGUCCACGCAGCCUUUGACAAAGCGGCACAUUACUUUGGGAUGAAGCUUGUUCACAUUCCCCUUGACAAGAAAACUAUGAAAGUAGACGUGAAGGCUAUGAAAAGAGCCAUCAGCAAGAACACCGCCAUGCUUGUGGGCUCAGCGCCUCAGUUUCCUCAUGGAAUCAUGGAUCCCAUUGAGGAAUUGGCCAAGCUUGCUGUACGCUACAACCUCCCGCUGCAUGUGGACGCCUGCCUGGGAGGUUUUCUCAUUGUGUUCAUGGCCAAGGCUGGUUACCAACUCGCCCCGUUUGACUUCAGGUUAAAAGGUGUUACCAGCAUCUCUGCAGACACCCACAAGUAUGGUUACGCGCCCAAAGGUUCCUCAGUGAUCCUCUACAGUGAUAAAAAGUACCGUCACUACCAGUACUUUGUAGCUCCAGACUGGCAGGGGGGGAUCUACGCCUCGCCCUCUGUUGCAGGCUCCAGGCCUGGAGGAAUCAUCGCCGCCUGCUGGGCGACCAUGAUGCACAUGGGAGAGAAUGGAUAUGUAGAUGCCACCAAGAAGAUCAUAAGCACAGCACGCAAAAUCAAAACAGAAGUCAGCAAGAUAAAUGGUGUGUUUGUGUUCGGGAAUCCAGAGGUGUCAGUGGUGGCAAUAGGCUCAGAUGUCUUUGAUAUUUUCCGUCUGUCUAAUGCGCUGACGUCAAAGGGCUGGAACCUAAACUCACUGCAGUACCCAUCCAGCAUCCACAUUUGUUGCACAGUUUUGCACACACAGUCAGGCGUCGCUGACAAGUUUAUCCGUGAUAUCAAAGAGCAGGUUGCCAUCAUUAUGAAGAACCCCAAAGAGAAAACCACAGGAAUGGGCGCGAUCUACGGUAUGGCCCAGUCAAUCCCAGACAGAUCCAUGGUGACUGAGGUCUCCAGAGGUUUCCUGGACUGUCUCUACAGCACCGAGGUAUUCCAAUCAAACACCAGCCACAUGAACGGCAAAGCCCACUGAAGUGGGAUUGGGCCCAUCCUGACCUGAAGCCACCGCACGCAGGGAAACACGCUCGCCUCCUCCCAGAGCUCUGUGUUAAUCGCUCAACGGUUGCCUUAUCUUGCAUACCUACGCUGUACGGAAAGUAUCUGCAAAGAUUUCUGAAGCACAAGCCAUCGUCAUGUCAUCAGCCCAGAAAGAAAUCGCUUGCAACACUGUGCCGAAGUGGCACAGAUUUGAUUUAAUUAAUGUAGUGCAAGUUUGUCUAAUUUUGUUUGUUUUAAAAGUUCAUUUAAAUUUUAGCUUUCAUUAAAUGCAUAUGUUUGUCAUAAUCUCCACUGAUUGCAUAGCAAAACCUGUUUUUUGUAUUGUUUUUUUUAUGCCGGAACAUUUCAGCUUCUGCCAUCACUUCUUCACUAUCUGUGACUCGGCAAAAGCACGCACCACUGAAAGCUUGUUAAAAGUGCUGUGCCGCCCUCUAGCAUGAAACCUGAUGUACUGCUCUUGACUGGCCCUAUCAUGUGGAGGCCUGUGGAAGGUGUACAUUAUCAUUAUCAUGUAAUAGUUCUCUGGAAACAGCAUUUUUAAUGUAAAAGCACUGCAAUGCCCUGACAAGAACAUAUCAGGUUAUCUGUUAAUCACUUGAAACUACAAUUCUGAUGUUGUGGUAGAAGUUUGUCUGUAAGCAUGAACAUGCAUGUUCUUGUUUGUUAGCACUUAGAAUGACAUUCAUCUUGUUUUACGUCUGCAUUUGGGAUUCAUCUUUUGUAGAUGGAGGGAGAAUGAUUUGGACAGUGGGAGCUUUUAAGGUCAUUAAUAUUCAAUAAAAUUGUCUUUAAAUUGAAUUUAGAGAGAAGUUGUAACCAGGGCAUGAACAUUUUAAGCACCUUGUGGAAUCCACGUCCGAUUAGACACUUUUUUUUAUUUUUUGGUUAUGUUUUUCAGAAUUGGAACCUUACACAUAGCAGCUGUCUUGUAAAGUAAUGCAAUCAAAUGUGACAUAUUUUAACAGACUGGACUGAAGGCUGUUUUCCAACCCCGGUCUACUGUAUAUUAUCGAAAAGCAGAAACUCAAUAUUUCCUCUAUAGAGUUUGCGUAGAGUCCCCUGUCUACCACCUUGUUUUAAUAAUUUGUCUCCUAAUUCAAUCUACCUCAGUUUCUCCUCAAUGCAAAUGUCAUUAUUCAUAUUCACAUUCUAACAGGGCAACAUAACAAACUUCACAAUGUUAGGCUAUUUGACAAACUGUAAUAAAGUGUUCUUAGACAUACGGAUACUGAAUGGAAGCAGAUCCACUGUGAUGGAGGUUUUUGAUGCAGAUUUAAUAGUUUUAUCUUGGGAGAAUCCCACUCUGCUCUGUCCGAAUGUGGAUAUAUUUAGGUGAAUAUCCAUUCAGCAGAAUAUGUACACAUUUACUAACAGGUCGACAACUUAACGGUGCAUAAUGUAACACCAAAAGGA